AUGUUCCAGAAUAGUACAUCUAUUGAAUCAGAAAUUUAUUCGAAACAAUUUGAUGAUGAUCGAUUUACUGAUGAAUCGUCGUCACAAGAUUUCUUCAAUUCAUCAAAUAGAAAAUUAUCUGAUGAUCAAUCAGAUUUUGUACCGAUUACUUUUGAUUCUGAAAUCAAUUGCAAUAGUUGUUUGACAGAUGUUAAUGACUUAUUUUGUGAUAAACAUACAUUUUUGCCAUGCAUUGAACCAGAAACACCUAUUUUCAGCAAACCAGUGAUAACAUCAACUCGAGGUGGACGCAUGAACAGUAAAUAUGGAAAAGGAAAACCAGCACAGGCUUAUAUUAAUUCAGAUAUAACAAUUCGAAAACGUGUUCGACGAACAGUUCGUCGUCGUCAUCGAUUAACUUCGGAUUCUCCUACACCACCACAAUCGAUUAGUCCACAAUUAUAUGCAUCAAAUUCAGAUAAUAUACAACCUAUGCAAUAUCAUAGAACUUUAUCAAGUUCACGUGGUAGACCAAUUAAAGUACGCAAAGAUGAUUAUAAUACAACUACAACAGUUAAUGAGAAUCCAUCUACUCAACAAGAACCAGUAAAAGAAGAUGAAGAACAUCAUUCAGUUACAGUUUUAUGUUCGUCAAAUGAAGUUUAUGCUGUUUCUCAAGAUAUGUGUGUUAGUUGUGGAAGUAUUGGUUUAAAUGAAGAAGGUCGACUUAUAUCAUGUUCACAAUGUGGACAAAGUUAUCAUCCAUAUUGUGCUGGAUUUACAAAAAAGUUAUCAAAAGUACUUUUUGAUAAAGGUUGGCGUUGUCUUGAUUGUACUGUAUGUGAAUGUUGUGGUAAAACAACAGAUGAAGCAAAGCUUUUAUUAUGUGAUGAUUGUGAUAUAUCCUAUCAUACAUAUUGUCUUACACCACCACUUGAUCAUGUACCAAAAGGAAAUUGGAAAUGUCAAUGGUGUGUUCGUUGUUUAAAAUGUGGUUCAACAACACCAGGUAUUGAUUGUCAAUGGGAAAAUAAUUAUACUGAAUGUGGUCAAUGUUAUUCAUUAGAAACAUGUCCAUUAUGUUUACGUAAAUAUAAUUUAGAUGAAUUAAUAAUACAAUGUAGAAAUUGUAAUCGUUGGUGUCAUAGUAUGUGUGCAAAUAUAUUUACUGAAGAUAUGGCUGAAAAACAUUGUAAUGAACAAACAUUUUUAUGUCUUUUAUGUAAAUCAGAUCAAUCAACAUUAACAUUAAUGCGUUAUUCAUCAAUAGAUGAUCAACAAAUUUUACAAACAAAAUCUGUUAAAUUUGAUGAAGGUGUUUAUUUAACUGAUCAUGGUCUGGCACAUUUAAAAUCUAUUCGACCAAAAAUUUUAACGAAUCCAACAAGAAAAUCAAAACAAUUAUUACAAAAAAAUCAAAAUUUAUUUAAACGUACAAAUUCAACAUUAAUUAAUGAUGAUGAACGAUCAGACGAAGAAAAAAUUCAUUUAAAUAAUGAACAACAAAUUAAAAAAUCUUCAAUUAAAAAAUAUACAGGUAUUGGUGGAUUUAUUGUAAAAAUUCGUGGUAAUCGUCGUCGUCAAGAUUUACUUCAUAUGGAUAGUGAAUUAUUACGUACGAAAAAUAAACGUUUAAGAAAAACAAUUCUUGAAGAACAUAUGCCACCAGAAAUGCAGGAAGCAUUUUUUGGUAUGGAUCUUGCAAAUCAAAAUCAGGCCAAAAAUCCAUUAGAUGAUGAUUUAACCUAUAAUGAUCAAUCAACAAUAAAUUUAAAAUAUUUAAAUAGUGAAUAUUCAAUUCAACUUGAUCCCGAUACAAUUAAAUAUUUAACAACAAAGAAAAAAUCUCCAUUAUCAUUAUCAAAUGAUGAUGAAAAUGAAAUGCAACCUAUUUUCGGUAACGAAGAAUUUACAGAUUUAGUUGAUUAUAUACUUAAUCCAGUUCCGAAUCCACCAUGUAACUCAUCUGGAGAUAUUUGGGAAUUCAUUGAAUUUGUUGAUCAACCAAGUCAAAAUGAUCAUUCAUCUGGUAAUUUAAUAAUAAAAAAACGAAGCUUUAUGGAUUGGUCAAAUAAUAGUAUUUAUCAAACAAAUAAUCCAAAUCAAAUUAUUCGAAAUAUGGCUCGUGAAUUAGAAGAAUCCACAGUUGGACCAUUACAAAAUCCACUAUUUUCUCAAACAAAUAAGCAUGUUCUUCGUCAUGAUCCAGUAUCAUGGUUACCAACACCACCACAUUUAAAUCAAUCGUUAGUAAUAAAUGGAAAUUAUUCAUGUCCUGAUGGACGAUCAUUAUCAGCAGUUCAAUCACCAGAUUUUAAUCGUUCAAAUCUUAAUAUUAAACGUAACCAAUUAUCAUUAGGUAUGGAUGAAUCGUAUCAUUUAUUUCAAGCAUAUCAGCAACAAAUACAAAAUGAUAAUUUACAAAAAUCAAUGAUUAUUGAUAAACAACAAUGUAUGACACCUAUGCAAUAUCCAAUAAAUAAUAUUCAACAACAUUCAUUACCAUCACUCGAUCUUCAUGCUUCAUCUCAAUCAUCAUUCGGAAUUAUUCAUACAGGACAUUUAGUAGAGCCUGGUUCAGAUUUUUUACAACAAUAUUCUUCUCAGCCAACUCCAAUGAGAUCAACAUCAUGUUUUACUUUAUUAUCGUCAACAACGAAUGGACAUCGAUCAAAUGCAAACAUUGAUACAUCAUUUUCAGAAAAUAAUAUAACGACAAGUAGUAAAAAAUCUACAACACGAAUUGAUAUAUUACAAAAUGUACCAACAGAUAUUCUUGAAAAAAUUGAUGAAGUUAUUUUAAAUGUGAUAUCUGGCCAUGGUGAUAUUCCAAUUGAAUCUGAAAGUACAACACGUCAUCGUUAUCAAUCACGUUUAUCAUAUAAUGAACAACAUAAUGUUAUUUGUAAUUCAUCAUACAUUCCAUUAAAUCAAGAAAAUUUAUCAACGCAACAAUAUGAUUAUUUUCCAUCAACAUCUCAAGAAUCAGGACGUACUGUUGUAGCUGAACUUAUUUCAUCAAUAUUAUCCAAUGGUGCAUCAUCAUCUGUAAUGUGA